AUGUCAAACGAUACAAAUAUAGUGGCAAAUCGCCCCCAAUGUGAUUUUAACUGGUGUGGUGAUUUCGGAACAUGUAUUGUGUUGAAUCCGGGUGAAACAACCGAAUGGUACGAAUGCAUCUGUGGUCUGUGGCAGUCCGGACAAGACUGUCAGCUCGAAGUUCCACUUCCAGUGGUUAAAAAGAUCCAUCAACCGAAAGCUCGUUAUCGAUUUGCUGAUUAUCUUCAAAAACAUCAGAAAUUUGAAAAGCUUUGGUUGAAAUCCAAACUGGAAGAAGAUAAUAAGAAAACUGGAAAAACGAGAAAUAUUCCAUACGAAGAAGAAACCGAUCAGGAACAUGAGAAGCAAAAGAAGGAAAAGAAAGAAGAAGAAGAGAAAAAUGAAGAAGUUGUGAAACCACAGAAACCUGUACAGAAAAGUGAAAAGACAAAAAGAACAGAAGAACUGUCAAUAGUACAGGAAGAAAAGAAACUUGGUGUUUUCAAAGAUCCACAAGAGAACAAAGUCAUCGAAUCGAGCACAAAGUCAACGAAGCAGGUAGAGGAAUACAAGGUGGAUGAUGCACCAGCUCCAUCUACAAGAAGUGAUUUAUCCAGUUCGGCCUCAGGAGGAAUGUCAGGAGGAAUGCCCGAAUUGCCGGCCGAUGCUCCAGAUGACUGCAAAAAGCAUCAUGAAAAAGAGAAGUUGAGAGAGAAGCAAAAUGAAGCGGAAGCUGAAAGAAAGUCUAUUGAUCGCAACAAGCCAAAGAAAAGCUCCAAGAAAGGAAAGAAGAAGAAAUAA